AUAACUCUCAACUAGCCAAAUUCCGGCGAUAAUAGCCUAAUUCGAACUGAAUUCCGGCCUGUCGAAUGAAAUCCCGAAAAAUUCUUCUAGAGAUAUCAAGUGAAUUCCAGGUUACUUUUGGUCAAAUUCUCGGCAAAAUCAACAGAAUUUGAACUAAGUUCCGGCUAAUUUCCAGCAAGAAUGACGACAAUCCGAUAAUACUUGCCACAAUAAUAACGGAAUAUCUGAUCAAAUUCUGGCCAAAAUUCCAGCACCUAAUUUCAGCUGAAUACCUGUUGGAAUCCAGAAAAUGCAGCAGAAAUUCCGGCAGGCCAUCGCCGCACUGCGUGAACAAACACAUGCCGGAAUCACAAAGCUCUCAAAUUCACGAUGUGGCUUGGACAUCCUCAUCCUCCACUCAACCUGGCCAAACGACCUCCUCGUCCCUGAAAGCCCCAUACAAGACCUCCUCAAAACCCUAACCCUAAAUCCUUCUAGCGCUCGCCCCUUCUGCCUGGCCUUUGCGCGCCGCUUCUCUCGCGCUUCAUCAUGGCGGGUGGCGCUCAAGUGCCUCAUGCUCUUGCAUCGCCUCAUACGUCACCCCUCCGCAUACAUGUUCUCGGAUGAAUUCUCAUGGUGCAAGUCUAAUGGCCUGCUCAGCCUCCACCCUUGCACUUUCAGAGACCUCUCUGCUUCUUCUCCUGUAGCCUCUAACCAUUUUACUAGCUUCAUUCGAGCCUAUGCCAAACUACUAGAUCACGUCCUCGAGUUCUCUGGCCAAACUGUUGAAAAUUCAAAGAUCAUUUCCAGCCGAAAUGAUCAUAGUUCAGUAAACCUUUCCGGCCAAAAGGAUCAAAAUCCAGCCGAAUUUUCUGGCCAAAAUGACCAAAAUCCGUCUCAGAACUUCUCUGACCAAAAUGAUCUGAAAUUUACAUUUCAGAAUAACCAAAAUGAUCAGAGCACGGCAUAUUCUACCAGCCAAAAUGAACAAAGACCCACCACCGAGAUUGUGGAGAUCCUUCCGCGACUCCAAGCCCUGUUGGACAUGGCCAUGGACUGCGAGCCCAGCAGCACAACGUCUGGCAGCUUCCUCGUUCGAGCAGCCAUGAAGCUCAUUGUACGUGACACGUUCCAAUGGUACAGCAUUGUUCGUCGUGAUUUAGCUGCCAUUCUGGACGAGCUUUGCAGUAUGCGGUACACCCUCUGCGUGGCGACACUCAAAGCUUACCGCAAUGUGGCGGAGCAAAGUGAGCGCUUAACCGCUUUCUACAACAUGUAUCAGACAUUGGGACUUUGUGGUUCAUAUGAGUACCCGACUGUAGAGCAGAUACCAGCUGUUCAGGUACGUGCUCUCGAAUCUUUCCUCGAUGGGAUGUGGGAAAUAACAGAGGACUCUUCAUCUCUGUCGUCCUCUCCAUUGCGUACCCCAUCAUCUUUACCAUCUGGCUCAUCAGACGACCCUAAUGGCAUCAAGUUCGAGAAAUCCUUAGUGACAGUGGUGAGCACCGAGUGGGAAGAGUUUGUAACUGAUGAGAAAACGCCAUUAUUGAAGGAAAAGGAGGCAAUUUUGGCAAUUGAAACGGAAAAACCAUUUAUUGAUUUUGAGGAGGAGCACUGGGAGGUUUUACUUGAGUCUGCUGUGAGCCAAACUCCACUGUCAAGAUUUAAUGAUGCUGUUUCUCCAUUAGGGGUUGAUAGCUAUGGUUCAGUGGCAGGAUUGGAUCACCCUGUUUGCCCCUUCUAUGACUACAGAAAUGGGUUCAAUCAAAUGUAUGGAUAUCGGUACAGUGGUGGUGAGUGUGAGCUGCCCGGACACGGACACGGAUACGUCUCACCACAAGUAUGCAGAUACAGAGACACAGGAUACCCGAGCAUGGAAAGAGUGGGUGAGGAGAGGAAGGGGUGCUACAAUAACCCUUUCUAUGGUCAGCCUGAUCAUAGUUUUUGAUGAGCGGGAUGGCACGAUCCCGGCAUGGUUGCCGUAUUGUCCAUUACGACAGUACAUCUCAUUCCUGUGCUUAAU